ACUGUCAGUCGUCAGUGACCGGGGACCAACGGACUGAAGAUGGAGGAGCCCAUGAUGCUGGUUUAUAACACGGAUGGGAAGCUGCAGGUCAACCCAGAGGCCCUGAGGUUGCUCCGGUCCGUCGAGGAUCCGCUGGUUGUGGUGGCCGUGGCUGGUGCCGCUCGUACAGGGAAGUCCUACCUCCUGAACCGCCUCGCGGGAAAAAAGUAGGGAUUCUCACUGGGAUCAACCGUCCAGUCUCACACCAAAGGAAUCUGGAUGUGGUGCCGACCCCUCCCUCAGAGACCGGGGCAACGCUUCCUGCUGUUGGACACCGAGGGUCUGGGAGAUCCCGAGAAGGGAAACCCCGCCAAUGAUACUUCCAUCUUUUCACUGGCCAUUCUCUUGAGCAGCAUCUUUAUUUACAACUGUCGGGGAAAUAUAGACCAUCAAUCCAUGGCGGACUUACAUUUUGUGACUGAACUGUCCAAAUGGAUCCAGGUGAAGUCCCAGGCCAAUGUCAGUGACAGUCGGGACUUUGUCCGUUUCUUCCCCGAAUUUGUCUGGCUGAUCCGUGAUCUGAACCUGGAGCUGCAGAUCGAAGGGGAGGAGGUGUCUGCGGAUGAUUACCUGGAGCACUGUCUCCGUCUGAGGGAGGAUGGGAACAGUCAGCAGAACCGGGAAUACAACGAUCUCCGCAGGUGUAUCCGGGAUCAUUUCCCGACGCGUCGCUGCUUUGCAUUUCCCUGUCCGGCUCAAUGGAAGAAACUCAAGGGGCUUCAGGAAAUGGAGGACGAGGAUCUGGAUGAGGAGUUUGUCGAGGAACUCCGGAGACUCCAGGAAUACGUUCACACCCACAAGAAAGUCAAGAGAGUUCUCGGGGGUCACAAGGUCACGGGCAGCAGAUUUGCUGAACUGACCGAGACCUAUGUGGGCAUGAUGACGGACGGGGGCCGACCGUGUGUGGAGAGGAGUGUCGCCAGAUUGAUGGAGGUGGAGAACAAGGCAGCAUUGGAUGAAGCCCUGGCCUUUUACAAAGAGAAAAUGAGCCAAUUCUCCCACAGUGGCCCUGAGGCUUUCAGCAAACUCCUCAAGGAUUCUAAUGAGAACCAGAAGGAGGCACUGAAACUCUUCCUGAAAAGAUCUAUCUACGACCCCAGUGAGAAACACAUCCAGGAGCUGGAGGAGGCCAUUAGUUGCCAUUACAGUUCUCUCAUGGGCAAGAUCGAGGCUGAGUCACGAGAGCGAUGUGAGAAAUCUCUCUCCGACGCUAUGGAAUCGAUUCAGGCAAAACUGGCUUCUGGACACUACCUGGUAGCUGGUGGGUACCAGAAGCUGGAUUCUGUGCUCAGUGCGUCCGUCAACAAAUACAGAGCUGCAACCAAGCAUGAAGUCCAGGGGAAUGCGGUCCUCGCCCGCUUCCUGGACGAAAGGAAAAGUCUUAUCGGCCAAGUAAAGAUGAUGGACGAGAAGCUGACUGCCGAACAGAACGAACAGUCGGAACGAGUUGGCCGUCCUCCAACAGCCGGUUGCGAAAGUGCCAGCCGAUAUCCUCCGGGUGUGGCUCUGGCAGCCGGUUUGUGGACCCCAAGUACAUGGGCGCUUUGGUCACUCCGUGCUCAGGUUCGACCUAUCCCCGGUGUUGCGGAGGAUGGGACCGGACACUCUACAGCCCCACGCCCCACUUUGGAAAAGGAGCUCUCGAAGGUGAAGGAGGAGAUGGAGAAGAGGGAGUGGGAGAUGAAGGCGGCCGAGAAAAGCAGGAACAAACAGCUCCUGAAGCAGCUCAGAGAGAAGUUUGAGGAGGGGAAAAAGUUCAGGCUGGAGGAGCUGAAGGAAGCCAUGGACCACACAGAGAGAGAGGUGAAGAAGUACUCGUCCGAGGGCAGGAAGCAGGAUGCGGAACGGGCUCAGGAGACUUACGAGUACCUGAAGCAGAAGUAUGAAGAGCAGAAUCAUCAGAGUUUCAUAACCAAACUGAAAUUAGCGGCGCCUUAUUUAUUGGCUGGGGCGGUGAGUGGGCUCAGUGUGAUGAAGGCCGGUGGGGUACCCGGUAUGAUUGCCGGUGUGGUGGUUGGUGGGGUAUUGGCUGGGAUCGGAUCCUUGAUUGACAGUUCAAAGAAGUAG